UUCCUCCUCAAAUAACAAGAUUUGGGUUUUUUGGCACAUGGAUCACCUCAAUCUUAUUUCUAUUCUGGACAAGGACCAACAUCUUACUUGUCAUUUUAGAAACUUGGUUUUGCACAAAGAUACCAUUAUUACAUCUGUCUAUGGGCAACACACUGGAAGAGAAAUAAAAACCCUAUGGAACAACCUCUGCUCUAUGAUUCCCAGCCAUGAAUGGAUUGUGGGUGGGGAUUUCAACGCUGUGGCUAAUCUCUCUGAACACUCUGGAAGAAUAUCACCCCUACAAUCAGACAUGGAUGACCUCAAUGACUGCCUUGAAAAUUGUGGGCUUAUCAACCCUCGGCUGAUUGGCAACUUAUUUACCUGGUCAGGUAAUAGAAGCAGAGGUAGAGUUCAAAGGAGAUUAGAUAGAGCAGUAGUUAAUGGCACUUUGAUGAACAAUUAUGAUGACAUCACUGUUACUCACCUCAGCUCCACUACAUCUGAUCACAAGCCUAUCCUCCUCCAAUGUCUUCAAAAUCAGAGUUAUGGUCCCAAACCUUUCAGAUUCCAAAACAUGUGGAUGAAUCACAAUAAUUUUCUACAAGUUAUUUCUGAUUUUUGGAAAUCUAGGUCCUAUUUGGGAGGCAUACAUGGGCUAGAUUCUAAACUUAAAGGACUGAAAGCUGUGCUUAAAGAGUGGAAUCUGAAAUCCUUUGGUAAUAUUCAGGAGAAAAUACAAGAUGCAGAAAGGUUGGCAACUUCUGCCCAGGAAUGCUUUGAAGCUGACCAAUCUGAUUUCAACAGGGCCAACUAUAAUAAGGCUAAAGCUGAGCUCAUUAUGGCUAUUGACAAUGAGUUCAACUUCUGGAAACAGAAAGCUAACUUAAAGUGGAUAGAGGAGGGUGACUCUAACACUAAAUUCUUUCAUGCCUAUGUCAAAGGAAGAAGAACCAAGUCCAUGAUCAGAGUUAUUGAAGAUUCUAAUGGUAAACCUAUUACCAAUAUUGAAGUGAUUAAAAAGAUGGCCAUUGAGCACUUUUUCAAUCAAUUCAAUAACAGAAAGUCAGUCUCAAUGUCCCCUAUUCUGGCCUACAUUAACCCUACCAUUACAGAGGAAGACAAUAACCUUCUCACAAUGAUUCCUAGUGAUGAAGAGAUUAAAAAUACAGUUUGGAGCCUCAGCCCAGAUAGUGCACCAGGGCCUGAUGGGUACAAUGGCCACUUCUUUAAGUUUUGCUGGGAAAUCAUUCAUAAGGAUGUCAUUAGUGCAACCCGGGAAUUCUUCCUUGGGGUCCCUGUCCGUAUCAGCUAUGGUAGCACUUUCAUCAGUCUUAUUCCCAAAAUUAAUGAUCCAAAAAACUUUUGUGAUUAUAGGCCUAUCUCUCUUUCAACUUUUAUGAGCAAGAUCAACACUAAGAUCCUGGCCACUAGACUCCAAAAAAUUCUUCAUAAGGUGGUUUCAGUUGAACAAACAGGAUUUCAAACUCUUAAAGGGGUUAAGGAACAAAUCUUACUCAUUGAAGAAAUGGUACACAGGAUUGACAACAACACCAGGAGUGGCAACUUGGUGAUCAAACUAGACAUGGCUAAGGCUUUUGAUAAUAUGGAAUGGGAGUAUAUCAGUAAUAUGCUUAGACAAAUGGGGUUCUCUGCAUUUGUCACUACCCUUCUUUUAGCAAAUCUUGAAGCUUCUCAACUCUCAAUCUUAAUAAAUGGGAGUCCAUGUGGUUUUUUCAAGAUGAUGAGGGGUGUUAAACAGGGUGACCCCUUAUCCCCCCUUCUGUUUAUUCUUGCAAGUGAGGGCCUUAGCAGAAUGUUAAAGAAAACCAUGGAGUCAGGCUACAUUUCUCCUUUCAACACUGGUAGGAACAUAUUAAUUAGCCACUUGGCUUUUGCUGAUGACAUUAUUAUCUUCAGUAAAGGGGAUGGUUGUUAGAAUAAAGGCCCAACGCUAGAGGGGGGGUGAAUAGCGUUUAAAAACAAAAUCGCAGGAAAUUAAAACGAGAGCGUUAAAGUAAAGAGCGUAAAGAAGGAGCACACCGGAUUUUAUCCUGGUUCACCACAACGUGUGGCUAAUCCAGCCCCCCGAGAGACUCUCUCGAGCUACACUAACUCCGUUAAGCUUAAGGGUGCUUAACAAACCGAUACAACUUGAGAACCCGAGUCACACGAGCCUCAACACCUUUGCUCGGAGAUACCGCACUCCAAGACUUCUCACGAAGGAACAAGAAACUUCCUCCGAGUUUACAACAAGGGAACAAACUCCCUUAAAGUGUAUGAAAACACUUAAACACUCAGGAAUGAAACUCUCACAAAGAGUAGAUAAGAGUGAACUAGUAAACGCUCAAGAACACGACAAUUUCUUCAAGAAUUGGCUCUCAAAUAGCUAAGAAAAGUAGAAAUGCUUAUGCAAUGAAUGAGUAUUGAAAAUGUUGAAGAAUUGUGUGUAAAAUGAGAGGAUUUGGG